AUGUCGGGACAAGAAGAUUGGAAUAAUCAUUUCAGGUUUGACACUACAUGGGUUCCUCGUAUCCCCAUUGUCGCCAUGGGCAAAAAUGUACAAGAAAUUAUCAGAGCGAAACAGAUUUUGUACCUCUCAAUGGCCAUGCCAGAAACUUGGUCGGGCCCUUGUUCGAGUUGGUUCAAGAAUGGCGCCGGUGGCAAGCUCGCCAUGUUUCCUGGAUCCAGAAUCACUUCUUUUGAGCUCAUGAACUCGCCCCGGUUUGAGGAUUACAAGAUUGAAUAUCGGGAUGGUAACACCUUUGCAUUUCUUGGCAACGGGUUCUCUACGACCGAAUUUGAUGGAAGUGACUUAUCUUGGUACCUGGGGAACGAGGAGAAUCCCGGGUGCAAUUUGCCGGGUCCUCUACCGACUUAG